CCUCUCUCUCGCUUCCAUCUUGCUCCCCGCAUGUGUCUGCUGUUAGUUUACAGGUCAGUGAGGAGCUUUAAAUACCAUCUUCCCUGCUCUGUUAUCCCCUGAUCUGACGGCAAGAGAUGAAAGAAGCAAUUAUGAAUCAAGAAAAACUCGCUAAACUACAAGCGCAAGUCCGCAUCGGCGGAAAGGGAAGCGCUCGCAGAAAGAAGAAGGUAGUGCACAGAACGGCAACCGCCGACGACAAGAAGCUCCAGUUCUCCCUAAAGAAGCUCGGCGUCAACAACAUCUCCGGUAUCGAAGAGGUGAACAUGUUCACAAACCAGGGCACGGUCAUCCACUUCAACAACCCCAAAGUGCAGGCGUCCCUCGCCGCCAACACCUUCACCAUCACGGGCCACGCCGAGACCAAGCAGCUGACCGAGAUGCUGCCCGGCAUCCUCAACCAGCUGGGAGCCGACAGCCUGACGAGCCUGAGGAGACUCGCCGAGGCUCUCCCCAAACAGGCUGCAGAUGGAAAAGCGCCGAUUGCGACAGUAGAAGAGGAAGACGAUGACGUUCCAGAUCUGGUGGAGAAUUUCGACGAAGCGUCCAAGGAUGAGGCCAAUUAGAGGAAACGGGACACGGCAGAACUCCAAAGGACCAUGCGGGGCACGAGAUACUGUUUCUGUGGGAAGAAGGGGAGAGCCGACAGCGGAGGCAUUCUGUCAAAGAACUCGAUAAAUCACCGGCAUACGUUUCAGUCAUUUUUGUAGAGUAGUGCUCUGUAUGAAAACCGGGGUCACAGUAUUUUUGGUGUAAGGUAUGCUAUUACUCAUUCCACCUCUCCGCCACCAGGCGCUCCACACGCUUGAUGAGCUCACACGGUCUAAAUGUCCAGUUAGAGCCAGGGACUGUGUGAAAAGACGAGUCCGAUGCCCCCGGCUCUGCAUCUGUUUUCUGGGUUACUGAACUGUGGCCUCCCUAAAAUCAUCAUAUCUGGAAUAAACCUUUGCUACUGUCACUAAACUGAA